AUGAGGUUAAAGGACUCGGGGCCCCUUCGGCCCUACGGCGACCCUCGCCUCCACCCUCCCUCUUUGUACGGCGAAUUCAUUCAGCGAUUGGUCGAGGCUGGCGUAGCCGAGCUGACGCUUGAGCGACCUACCGAGGUGCAUGGCGACGACUCCCUCGGUCAGCCCGUGUUUAUUGGCCAGGUCGAUAUAAAAGACGCUUUCUAUCACAUGGAGCUCCCAGAGGGGCUCCGCCAGUAUUUCGGGCGGAUCCUGAUGGAGCUCGUGCGGCCCCAGUUUCGACACCACCGUCCCGAAAGCGAGUUCGACCGCCGGCACACGAAGUCGUUCGAGGACGUCCCCUUGGACCUCUUGAGGGCCCCCUGGAGGGUGCGCGGGAGGCAGAGGUGGAAACGGGCCUCGACGUCUAUGCCGGCCCUGGAAGCGGAGGCGCUUUUGUACGGGGUGCGCCACCUCCUGAGGUCCGUCGCCAACUUGGGCUCGAGGCUGCUCGUGAUUGGGGACUCGAUCUCCGCCUCCCUGGCCGCCACGAAGGGACGGUCGUCUUGCGAUGGCAUGCUCUCGGUGACCCGCCGGCUGGGCGCCCUGCUGCUGGGGGCCGGCAGCCUCCUGCGGUCGCGCUGGAUCGCGUCGGAGCUCAACCCUGCGGACGGACCCUCGCGCGGCCGACCGGCGCCGAGCGACCCGCUCGCCGGCCUGCGGCGCGAACUCGCGACCGCCGCCGGCGAGGGCCGCGAUGCUGGCGCGCGGCAGGUCCGACAGAUCGAGGCCCAGAUGAGCCUGCUUCGGAGGGCCUCGGUGUCGGCGAAGACUCAGGCCCAGUACUCCCUCUACCUGGCCGCCCUGCAGAGGUUCUGCGACUCCCGCGGGGACCACCCGAACGCCGAGGAGGAGUGGGACAUCGCCGCCGCGGGCCUGAUGGAGAUCAUGUUCAUGGAGGGCGGCUCGCUGAGCGCGGGCGAGAAGCUCUUGGCGUCGGUGCAGUGGGCCGAGCCGCGCCUCGGCAGGCUGGGGGGCGGGCGGAUGCCCGUCUGUCGGCAGUGUCUGCGAGGCUGGCGCCGCGCUGCCCCAGCAGGGGGCCGCUUGCCCCUGCCCUACGACGUGGUGGCGCUCCUGGCGUGCUGGAUGAUCUGCCAGGGGCUGAGACCCCACGCGCUGGCCAUUCUCAUGAUGAUGGAGUUGUACUUGCGGCCAGGAGAGCCAUUCCUGCUACGGGGCCGCGACGUAGUGGCGGGGUCCCUCAGCGGAGCUCGCGAGUGGACCCCCACAUCGGUCUUGCUCCACCCGUUCGAGAUGCGGACCCCGUCCAAGAGCCAGGAGUUCGACCAGGCGAUCGUCCUCGACCUCGACCGGCAGGCGGCGCUCGCGGACGCCCUGGUGCAGCUGGGGCUGGAGCGCGGCGUCGGGCCCUUGCUGGAUCUGACGCCCAGCGCCCUGCGCCGGGCCCUGGACGAGGCCGCGGCUGCCUGGCGCCUGGGGCCCCUCGGGCCGCUCGACGCCUGCCGCUUCCGGCACGCGGGGGCGAGCGUCGACUUCGCGACCGGCGCCCGGCGGCUGGAGGAGAUCCAGCGCCGCGGGCGGUGGCGGUCCGCGCGGAGCCUCCGCCGCUACGAGCACGGGGGGCGACUGGCCGACCUCUUGCGCCGCCUGCCGCCCGACGUGCAGCGGGCGGCGGAUGCCGUCUUUGGGCCGCUGAGGGCGCCGACCGUCGCCGCGUUCCUCGAGCUGUUCGCGGGCUCGGGCCACCUGUCCGACGCCGUGGAGCGGGGAAAUGUCCCCACAUUGCGGUGGGACAUCCUUUACGGCCCCGCCUACGACCUGCGCGACCCCAGGAGCGCCCGUCUCAUUCGAGGCUGGAUACGGGCGGGGCUCGUCUGCGGCCUGCAUGCUGGCUUUCCUUGCGAGACCUUCUCGCGGGCGCGAGACCGCCCCAACGGGCCUCCGCGGCUCCGGUCCCAGGAGCACGUCUGGGGCCUGCCCAGUCUCCAUCCCGAGGGCGCCGAUUUCCAGAAGGUGAAGUGGGGCAACCUGUGCGCGCGGCUCACGAUAUCCUUCUGCGUGCUGUGCUGCCAGUGUUUCGUCCCCUGGUCCGUCGAGAACCCCGCGCUGAGCUACGCGUGGCAGCUGCCGCCGAUGCUGUCCCUGCUCCAGCGCCGGCAGGUCACGACCCAGGUGAUCGAGUACUGCCGGUUCGGGACGCCCUGGAGGAAGAGCACCAGGAUUGCUGCGUUUCUCCUCGACUUGGCACCCUUGGCCAAGUUCAGAUGUACAGGGCCCGUCUGUGUCCUCACUGGGCAGCGGCAUCAAGAACUGUCCGGCAAAGACGCAUCGGGCAGGUUCCGCACUAGAUUGGCGGAGGCAUAUCCUCGCAAGCUCUGCAGCACCCUCGCCAGAGCCUAUGCCGACGAGAAAGCCAGAUCCUCUCGGGCGUCCGGGCGCGCCCCGGCCCGCGGCGAGGAGGGCCCGCGGGACGCGCUCGGAGGCCCGCCGGGCGGCGGGAGGGCGCCCGCGCGGGCGGCGGCUCCAGCGCGGGGGCCCGCGCCCGAGAUGCGAGGCACGGACCAGUGGCUGGAGAAGCUGAUGGAGGGCAUGCGCAGCGAGCAGGCCAGGUGA